UUCGAAUGAACACACCAGUGAUUUCGGUGGUGCCCAAGGAAUUCAGUUUAGUUCAAAAACAAAUCAUAACCAUGAAGUUCUUCAUUGCUACCGCAUGUGUCCUGCUUUUGGCAUCGGGCAUCUCGGCCGAUCCUGUCAAGGUCGCCACCGAGGAACAGUCCUGUGCAUUUGCCAAAUGCCUGGAGGCUGAUUCUAUCUCGUGUCUUCAGCUAACGCUCUUCCGCAAGGCCAAGUCCAUCUUUGAAAAUCCACAAAUCGAACUGUUCGGCGGUGUCUCGUUGGUCAAGGCCAAUGAAGGACGUCAGGGCAAAUCUCUGGACAAUGCUAUCGCUGUUGAGGCCGCUCCCUCUGUGGAGGCUCGCACCACCGAGAUGGGCAACUACUUCAUGGACAAUGCUAAGAGCUUCUUCGCUGAGCGCUCUUUGAACUUCAACUUCGCCAAUGCCGCUCGCAGCGUUGCCCGUGCCAUUCCCGAUGACAUCAAGGCCGAUCUCCGUGAAUUGGUUGUCGAGUCCCGUAACCGCAGGAAGAAGCUCUUGAAGAAGUUCCUCCCCAUCCUGUUGGGCGUUGGUGCUAAGAUUGCUGUCCUCGGCGUUGGUUCCAUCUUCGGUCUGCUCUUCUUGGCCAAGAAGGCUUUGGUUGUCUCCGUGAUUGCCUUCUUCCUCGCUUUGGCUGCCGGUGCAUCAAGUGGUCUGAGCCGUCUGGGCGGUUCCGGCGGCUCUGGCGGUGGUCUGCUCGGCGGUCUCGGCGGUCUUUUCGGUGGAAAGAACGCUGGCUCCUCCUCUGCUAGCUCUGGUGGCUGGUCAUCCGGCGGUGGUGGUGCUGCCAGCAGCGGCUGGUCAUCGGGUGGCAGCUCCGGCUGGGAUACCCAUGGUGCCUACAGCUCACCUGUGGCCCAGACUAUUGCCUACCAGGGAUACAAACAGGCCAGACGGUAAGCCAUCGGCCUUCCAUUCCGCCCUCCAUAUGAAGGACAACAAAGCCUGACAAGGAGAGAGAACAUUCGCAAAAACAAAAAAAUGAUGACCAGUUA